AUUGCUCGCUUGAGAAGGAAAUUAUACUUGCGAAGAGUAAGCUGCCAUGCAUUUUAACCUAUAUAAGCCGACAUUUGAACUAAAACUGUUGCAUAUUAUUGCUAAAAGAUAAAGCGAGCACAAGGAACGAAAGUCUUCGAUCUCGACGAUUAUAUGAACUCGCACUUUCGGUCUCACCAAAAAUUGACUAGAAUGCCCGACAUUGAAUUGAAGGAUACCUCACCUAAACCUCCAUCACCCUCACCCUCACCAUCGAAAUCUGCUCAAGUAACAGAAGAUAUUCAAAAACUAAAUGAUAUUCAGCAAACCCCAUAUGCAAACUCGUUUGCAAGUAGGUUAUAUGGAUCUCCAAGGUUCCAUAAUACAGUAAGCAAGGCUGAGCCUUGGUUGUCACCAUGGAAUGGAAGAAAGCUACGCCCAUAUAUCAGACGGGACUUUGAGAAUAAACCGCCAGGAAUGCGCCUUCUUCACGAAAUACGGUUGGCUGCUGGAAAGCCACAAAAACGAAGACAAGAAUUGGUCAUUUCAAGUGAGCAACUGGAUUCAGAGAGCAUAGACUAUGUAUAUUUCCAAAAAGAUCAUCUCGAGCCAGUUAACCAAGUCCUUCGUCGUGCGUUUUGGGAUGAAAUCGAUGUCUCUGAAAAUCUAUUGUUCCCCGAGUAUAGUAUUGUUGCUCUCUACAAACGAUACGUUGUUGGAUGUGCUUUUAUGACUCCGGAAGCGUAUGUCACAUAUAUAACGGUGGUACCUGGUUGGGAAAAGGCAGGCAUAGGACAAUUUUUAUUAUACCAUCUUUUCCAAACCGCCAUCAGUAAAGAUAUCACUCUCCAUGUAUCAGCGAAUAGCCCCGCUAUGAUACUUUAUCAGAAAUUCGGCUUUAAACCUGAAGAAUUCAUCAUUAAUUUCUAUGACAAAUACCUUUCUCCUGAGAGCUCUUAUAGUAAGAAUGCCUUUUUCCUUCGAUUACGUAGGUAACUUGCGUUUCCCAACGUCCUUCAGGCUCAAGGAUCAAAAAUAAAAAUGUUUAAUUUGAGAGUGACUUUAUCACGUGACA